UGCUAAGCAACUAAGUUUAGCUUUCUGUUUUGAAUGCAUUUGGGUACGAAUGUGCAGAUUACCUUUCAUUUGAGAAAUAUACUAUCAUUGCUAUGCAAUGAUUUGAUUGUAUUCAAGAUUCAAAUAAAGUUAGUCAGUAUUAAUGACAUGUUGUGAUCGUCGAAAGUCUAAUUCAUAUGAAUUACGAAGUUCUUUGAGUGGCAUAGUUCGCUUAAACAUGCCUAACAUCUUGCGUGCUAAGUGUAUUGUGGUUGGUGAUCCAGCUGCGGGAAAAUCUGCAGUACUUCACACAUUUUUACAUGACACUGAUAAAUUUCAGAAGAACUAUGUAAUGACGUGUGGAAUUGACAUAAAAACUAAAAGAAUAGCCAUUCCCGAUACAGAUGAUGCAGUUGAGCUUCUAAUGAUUGAUUCUUCUGGAAAAGAUACAUAUUUAGACAUCCAAACACAAAUGUGGCAACAUCCUUCUGUGGUAUGUGUUGUGUAUGACAUCACGAAUGAAAAUUCAUUUAAUAGCUGUUCCAAAUGGUUAGACUUAGUAAGAAACACUGGACGUUACAUGACAGUACCAGGUUUGUCAUUAAUUUGUGCUUUUAAUAAUCACAUUAUUAAGUCAUACUUAAUGUGUUGCAUUAUCAUCGAUUUAUGCAUAUUUUGGUGUCUUUUGUCAGUUUUAUUUAGCAUUUGAAAAUGUGUUUUAGGA